AUGGACGGAAUCACCCCCUCUCCACAAUCUACUAUCCCGUAUAAGAAUACUCCACCUGAAAUCCGUACCACCUUAGAUUCGUGGGGUGAUACCUUUAGGUCAGAUGACAAAGUGCCUUUGGAAAAACUUACUGAAGUCUGUGCUGGUGUUCAGGAAUGGGAGUCUAAGCAAAAUCUGGCUAAGGAUGCGCAUUCAGUUUCGUCGCAACAUCGACAUCGCCUUUGCGAAACAGUAAGAAGUUCAGGGCUCCCAGAAAUGCUGCGACUUAUCCUGUUAUUGGCGAUAGUUUCGAAAACUACGGCACAAAUGGUUCGACAGUGCACAUGUCAACAGGUGGAGCCAUGCAGUCAUGUCACAUCCGAAACAGUUCUUCGCUGCAUCGACCAAUGUCAGCGACAUGCGGCUGAAGCUGGCCUUUCCUAUCCGACGGUUCGCCAGUGCUUCAAUCAGGUCCGUGGUUCCGUGGACUCCCUAAUCAGUUGCUACAAAACGAGCGUUUUUGACAAAGCAUGCGCAAUGGGUCCUCCAGCAAUGGUACCGAAAAGGUAUAUGGAGACGUUCAAAUUGGCGUUGUUCAACGAUAUGAACGCUGUAUUGACGAGAUCUGGUGUCCGUAAUCAAGUAAUGUCCUUCGCUAGAGCUGGAAAGAAGUUCACUUCAUGUAAUAUGAAUUGUGUUCAGCGUGUAACAAGUGAAUGUAGAAGACGACACAACUGUGGACUGUCUCUACCUUCCGAUAACAUUAUGAUACAAACCCUGAAACAGUGCAUGCAGAUAAGUGGCUUCCACACCACCGGUGUUCAACAAAUUUGUAGCUGUCUGGCAACAGCUGGUGCAAGGCAACUUGCACCGAUUUGCAACAGGAUUAUCAUCUCAAAGUGA